AUGUCAGUUGUGGAAAUCACCUCCGAGGCCCAGUUUACGGACUUGACGCGGUCGGACCCCGAUAAGCUCAUUGCGCUCUAUUUCCACACACCAUGGGCCCAACCAUGUCAAACUAUGAACUCGGUAUUUAAGACUUUGGCUAAAGAAAAUCCAUCAGUUUUAUUCAUUUCGAUUAAUGCCGACGACCACGCCGAGAUCAGCGAGCUUUUUGAGGUUUCUGCGGUUCCCUACUUCAUUCUCAUCAAGAACUCUACCAUAAUCAAGGAGCUUUCCGGAGCAGAUCCCAAGGAAUUUAUUGCUGCAUUGAAUCAGCUGUCAGGAAAGACUGUAACUCCGGCACCCGAGACAUCUGAAAAGCCUUCAGUAGAGACUGAGGAAUCACCAGAGGCACUCAACGAAAGAUUGAAAAAAUUGACGUCUGCUGCGCCCGUAAUGUUGUUCAUGAAAGGCUCACCAUCGGCUCCUCAGUGUGGCUUUUCCAGACAGCUAGUUGCCAUAUUGAGAGAACAUCAAGUUAAAUUUGGAUUCUUUGAUAUCUUGAAGGAUGAUACUGUGAGACAGGGCUUGAAGACGUUUUCUGAUUGGCCAACAUUCCCCCAAUUGUAUGUUAAUGGAGAGUUCCAGGGUGGGUUGGAUAUCAUAAAGGAGUCUAUCGAAGAGGACCCCAAUUUCUUUGCUUCUGCUACCGCAGCCUGA